CCGCGACAACAACAGAACCUUGAACACAAACAAAAACCAAAAGAAAGAGAACCAAAUUAACCUUGUUGUGUGUCAGUUGAGUUUUCAAGUGUUUUAACUAACUUAGUUUGAUUUGAUCAUCAAUUAGCCAAAACGGGUCUUCCACUUUGGAUGCUUGGUUUGGGUGCGGACCUCUUGUGGGCCGACAUGAAUCGUCUCCUUGCCUUUCUCUUCCACCAGGGGGUGUUGGAUGAGCAAUUUUUGCAGCUUCAACAGCUUCAAGAUCACACCUCCCCUAACUUCGUAUCCGAAGUUGUCAACAUUUAUUUUCAUGAGUCUGAAAAACUACUCACCAAUCUCAGAUCAUUGCUAAUGGAGAGGGAGUUUUCAGACUACAAGAAAAUUGAAAUACAUUUGAAUCAAUUCAUUGGUAGCAGCUCAAGCAUUGGUGCUAAAAGAGUGACAAGCAUUUGCAUUGCCUUUCGUGCAGCUUCUGAACAAGACAACCGUGCUGGAUGUUUGCGAGCGUUGGAAAUGCUGGAGCAUGAAUAUUGUUAUCUUAAGAACAAAUUGCACGAACUCUUCCAAAUAGAGCAGCAACGUGCUUUGGCAGCUGGAGUGAGAUACCCUAUGCAGCAGCAUCAAUAAAUUGAGCAAAUGAAAGAGUGGAAAAAAUAUCUCCAAGAUUCUGUUUUCUUUCUUUUUCUUCCUUUGUAGCUUAAUUUGUAAGGCUAAUGACAUGCCUUUCUAAUUUUAGACACAAACCAAGUUCUUCUUGGUUGUUUAGGGUGAUCAAAGUCUCUCUUAUUUUGAAUUUAUCAUGUAAAUAGUGCCACUUUACU